AUGGCGGGCUCGAGCAAGGCGAAGACCGCCGCCGCCGCCGCCGGCAGAGCCACCGCUCGAAUGGCGAAGACGGGCGACGUGAUCCCGCUCGCGGACGCGAAACCGUCGAGAAAGUCAAAGAAAGAUCUUCCGCGAGUGAUUUACGUCGGGCACGUCCCGCACGGGUUCUACGAGACGCAGAUGCGGGAGUAUUUUGGGCAAUUCGGCGACGUGACUCGAGUCAAGGUGAGCAGGAACAAAAAGACGGGGCGGAGCAAGCACUACGCGUUCAUCGAGUUCAAGCACCCCGAGGUGGCGUCGAUCGUGGCGGAAAGCAUGAAUAAUUACUUGCUAGCGAAUCAGGUGUUGAAGGUGACGCUGAUCGAACCGGAGAAGGUGCACCCGAAGACGUUCGAGGGAACGGGGACGAAGUUUAAGAAGGUACCGUGGCAGCGGCGGGCGGCGGCAAAGCACAACAAGGAUAGGACGGAUGCGGAGAAGGCGAAGCGAAACAAGGGUUUGGUGAAGGCGGAAGAUAAGCGGCGAGCAGCGAUCGCGGCCGCGGGUAUUGACUACGAGUUCCCGGGGUAUAAGGCUAUCUUGUCCACGGAGAAGCCGAAGGCGAAGAAGGCAAGUACGCCAGCGAAGAAGGCAAGUACGCCAGCGAAGAAGGCAAGUACGCCAGCGAAGAAGGCAAGUACGCCAGCGAAGAAGGCAAGUACGCCGGCGAAGAGCCUGGCCAAGGAGAAGAUGACCCCGAAAAAAACACCGGCGAAGGUGAAGAAGACCCCGGCUAAGAAGGAUGUGGAGAGUACUGAGGAGAAAAAGAAGACACCGACACCCGUUGCGAGGAAGACGCGCGGCGCACUGAAGCGCACCAACGAAACUCCGGCGAAACCGGCGAAGAAAGCGAAGCAAUAG